AUGAUAAUUCCCUCUUGUAUAAAUUCAAUUUUGGAAAAGUUGACUCAGCGGUGGCCAUUGCUGGUGUACGCCACCACCUGGACCACCAUUCUGACCGCCACUGUGGCGGUGACCUCCUUUGCACCAGAGCUUGCAUUUGUAUGGGCCAUAACACCUUCUUCUUCUUUCUCUAAAGUAUGCCAAGAUCAAAAGGAAGGUUUUGUGAGGGUUCCUUUUGAUGUUCCAUCUGAAAUCUUUUGUCUUCCGGCUGAGAUGUUUAAGAAAUCCAAGAUCGACUUGGUGGUGCCGCCCAUCUUCGCGGCGGUGAUUGUGGCAGCUUCCGCAUGUUUGGUUAGAGCUCUUGGUUUGUGGGAGGUGGACGAAGGUGAUGCUCAAUGA